AAAUGGCGAGCCAACAACAAAAAAAAAAGAUAAAAACAAGACAACUUAGUGUUCACAAAUGCAGUCGGAAGCAUCAAAUACAUUAUAUCACCAACAAAAAAUUAGAUAUUGGACUAUCGAUAGAUAUCACAAGCGUACUAAAAACAACAACACUGGCUGGUGGGCAGUAAAUUCGGACUGUCAUUUUUGUGACUGACUGAUCUUGCGAGUUUGCGGUUUGCGCAGCCCAAAAUAAUACCUUCCAAUAAUCUAAGUUCCAACCAACUCUUUGUUCAUAGAAGCCGGUAUUAUUAUACAAGCAGUACAGAGAUCAUAUGAUCAAAAUGGCAUCACAGAUUGAAAAUAUGAUAAAUGCCUACAAAACAUUGUCAAAAAUACCUUCCGUUUUGGGCGGUAGGCUUAUUAAACAUGGUACCAAAAUAUCAUCAAGGUGGUCAGUCAAGAAUCUAGAUAAAGGGAAGAACACUAAGUUCCUUUACAACUAUGUGUUGAAUGACAGCUUCAAUGUGAUAGCAGAGAGUGAAUUUGGGAUUGAUAUUAGUACUGAGGUGCUCUCAUCAGUGUCGCCUCGCGAGACGUUCAAGGCAGUCAUUCGUGAAGAAAAGGACAAGGAUGUGAAGAAGCAAUACUUGGAGGUGUGGAGGAAGAACCGACUGCUGCACAGCAUCAACCUUACCGCGUUGGACUUACACGGCGACGUCUAUGCCGACCCUGAAUUCGGCGGACUGGACUGGUCGCCCGACGAGUCGGCCGUCUUGUACGUGGCGGAGAAGAAACUGCCUAAACCAGAGCCGUACAUCAAGAGGAAGCCCGAGGAGAGGCCACAGUGCAAUGGCGGGACUUGCGAAACUGCGCCUAAUAAUAAGGGCGAAGAGUUCCUGUACAGACAAGACUGGGGCGAGCAACUAGUGGGCAAGCACUUGUCCGUGGUGGUGGUGUGUCAGCUGGAGACCGAGAAGGUCUCGGUCCUCGGAGGCCUGCCGGAGACCUGGUGCCCGGGACAGGUUGUUUUCGCGCCGGACGGCGAGAGCGUGGUGGGCGUGGCCUGGGAGACGGAGCCGCGUCGCCUGGGCCUCAAGUUCUGCACCAACAGGCCUAGCUACAUCUUCAGUCUUACCAAUGAUGGGACUAUGAAGAAACUCUCGAGCGAAGGCAUGGCAGUAAGGUCGCCUCGCUUCUCGCCCGAGGGUGAUCUGGUGUGGUUGCAAAGAACCACGGGUGGGCCACACCAUGCCUGCCACGCGCUUGUCAUGAUGAAGAAGGGACAGAGCGAAGUGUCAACCAUCAUAGACAUCGUGGACACGGAGAUUCAGAUCGCCAACGGCUCGUUCCACGGCCUGUACUGCCAGGCGCUGCCCGAGCGCUGCUUCGUGGACAACAAGCGAGUGUUGUUCUCCACGCCGCAGCAGACUGAAGUUAGAUCCUACGUGGUCAACUUAGAAAGCAAACACAUUGUGGACAUAUCGAACAGGACGACGCCCGGCUCUACGUCGGUGCUGGACAUACAGUCCAAUGUAGUCCUGGCUGUUUGCUCCAACAUGACCACUCCAGGACAGUUGUUCGUGUCCCGAAUGCCGACGGCGGGAACCGAGGCCGACGCGCGCUGGGUGCGAGUGAGCGAGGCGGCCGACGUGCCUCUCUCUCUUGCUACUAGCUCGGUGCAGUACUUGCAGCUUACGCAUGAGAAUUCGGAGGACAGCGUCAAAUCAUUCACGGCGAUAUACAUGGCGCCGCAGAAGGAAGGCAAGCUGCCGCUGGUGGUGUGGCCGCACGGCGGGCCGCACUCGGGCUUCGUCAACGCCUUCGCCAGCGAAGCCGCUUUCUUCGCCAUGCUCGGUCUGGCCUCCGUCCGGAUAAACUACCGCGGCUCGACCGGGCACGGCGACGCGAACGUCAGAUGCCUACCUGGCAACACCGGCAAUGACGUCACCGACUGCCUUUUCGCUCUCACCUCCACGUUAGAGCGGGACGACCAAAUCGAGGGAGUUCUGUUGUAUGGGAGCAGUUAUGGGGGCUUCAUAGUGGGGCACAUGGCUUCGGAGUGCCCGGACGAGUUCUUGGCGAUGGUGAUGAAGAAUCCGUUGAUAGAUAUGGCCACUAAAGGACAGUACGCAGAUAACUCUGACGGGUGCGCAGUAGAAGCCGGAUUCGAAUUCACAGAGAAGGGCCCGGUGUCCGAGGAGCAUAUGCUCGCCAUGCGGCGUUGCUCGCCCAUCGCGCACGUGCACAAAGUCAAAGCGCCCACCGCUAUGAUGCUGGGCAGUGGUGACAAGAGGGUGCCGCUCUUCCAAGGACUGGAGUACGCUAGGAGGCUCAAGGCUAACGGGGUUACCACUAGAAUAUACAUGUACGACGACAACCAUUCGCUGUCGUCGCCGGCUGCGGAGAUGGACCACGUGAUCAACACGGCCAGCUGGUUCUUCCAGCACCUCUCGUGAACACCUUGACUGAUUGACGUAGCAUCCAACCAAUUUUUAUACCUUCAUAAAAUAUUCUCCGACGUAGUAUUCAACUAAUUUUUAUACUUUCAUAUUCUCCCAUUUGCUAACUAUAGAUAUAAGGAUGUUUUGUAUAAGUAAAGUAGUGGAACUGGAUAAAUAUCGAAUAAAUAUAAGUACUUUUUGGAUAUGAAUUUGUGAUAAGCCUAAAAUAAAAAUAGCUAGUCCUUUUCAAUUCUUCACAUCAGGGGGUUCUUUACAGCUUUCAAUAGCAUUUUCUGGUUUGUCUGACUUUG